UCUUUAGACAUCGAAUGAGGGCGGCGAGAAAACGGUGGAUGACAUUAAGCAACCUCAGCAAACGACUGAUGCAAAACUUGGCCGAAUUUACAGUGAUAUUCUGAAACGCACAAUUGGUAUAGGUGCAAAUCAAACUGCAUUUCCAAAACUAGAGGCUACAACAAAUAGUAGCGGUGGGUACAAUGAAUUUGAAGCUGAUAAUCUUGGCACAGAUGAUGGCGAAGAUGAGGAGAGUUUUUCGCAAAGUCAAUUUGCUAAGAAUCCUCAAAAUAACAAUGGAAGUGGCAGUGGUUUUGAUGGCUAUCAUAUUCUGGUCGGGUACAAUUCUCAAAAUGGUGGAAAUGCCAAUUCCUCUGCUUCAGCGAUCAAUAAUGCCGCCAUGGCCGCUGUCGCGGCUGCAGCGUCGGCAAAACAGAAACGACAUCGAACGCGUUUCACUCCAGGUCAGUUGAACGAGCUUGAGAGGGUAUUCGCCAAAACUCACUACCCAGAUAUCUUCAUGCGAGAAGAGCUCGCGCUAAGAAUAGGACUCACCGAAUCUCGUGUUCAGGUAGGACAUUGUUACAUAUUAUUUGCCAAUAGAAACAAAUAUAUUGAUGUCGAAACAUCAAGUGUCAAAAUUCUCGUGCAGUCUUCGAGUUGCAGUAGGAGGUGGAAAAGGACAAGUCGUGGUCACGUUUGUUUAACUGCGAGUAUGCGUAGCUAUCGUGAAGCCUUGAUAUUUUUUGUCCGCAGCCAGUCGCGGUUUCAUGACAUCUCACGCGCCUACUGGCGGAAAAGAUUACAUUCUCAGGGUAGAUGGGGACAUGCUCAACGUCUCAACUAUCUCCUUCUCGCUGACUCGUCUCAAAGUCUUCGGACAUCCUUCGGCUCCCAGCGUAACGACACCACAAUGGACACAGACAUGGAUGUGGUGACGAGCACAACAGCAGUUCAGCCAACGAAUGCAGGCAUCGGUCGGUUGGCAGAUUUUGAUCAGUUUGAUGAUCAGGUGUGCGAUGAUUUGACUCUCCGUGAGGAACCCGAUUAUGGAGAGGAGGAGAUGGAGCAACACGAGCAAGAGGAGGAGGAAGAGGGGAGGGCAUAUGUGGGAGGAAGGGGUAACAUUGCUCAAAAUAGAGGAUAUGGGGAAUCCAGAGAUGUACUUGGACCCAUGCCUGGUGCUAAUAAACAAGAUCUAACUAGGAGAAAUGGUGGUUAUGGAAAGUAUCGUCAUUAUCGCGUGGUAAAUUACCAUCAGUACGAUGCAGAGGAAUUCGAUAGGGCAUCCUUUUCAAAGCUCUCUACCACUGAAGGUAGAAAGGAGGUAGAGGCUACUUCAAAAAAUUUGUCAUAG